AGCUUACUGCACAGCUACUGUAGCAUACCGAAAUAAUUGGAUUGCGCCGCGACCUCAAUUUGUCCAGGGUCCAUCCAGUUUCUUGAGUUAUCCGCUGCAAUACCUUAGUUCAGUACGUGCCAGCUCCACCGUCUCCAACUGCGGGCCCCUGGCUUUGGAGAUUCAUCCCUCGCUCGCCUCAAUUUGACUGUUGUCCACUACGAUCAACUUAUUUGGCCGACACACAUUUUUCCAAACUCAUUCUUCUUCUUCUGUCGCAUUCAGCUGCUUGCUUGUGUUUGUUCCCUUGUUGAUACUGGCUUCUGCCUGGCCACACUCGCUUUUCUAUGCUAUUAUAGCAGUCCUUUCGUUUCUCGACCUUCGCUUCCUACCCCUGUCCCUUAUCCUGGGCAUCGCUCCUUAUCGACGAAUAUCCAAAAAAGACUGCGACUUCGUACAUACCUGGCGUUUCGAUACCACAGUCGCCUCGCAGCCGUCGUCGCCAUGCUCAACUCUCGCCGCGCCAUCGUGGCUGCGGUUUUCAUCCUCACUGUUUUCUUCCUAUUGACAAGGUCUCAUACAACAACGCCUGUCGUCCCAGCUGCCAAAGAUGCUGCUGCAACCGCCGUUGACACAAGCAAGAACGAUGUCCCUGCCUCAAACCAAGCCGUGUCACCACCACCCGAACAACAAAAGGAGAUGGAGGUAAAGGAGCGUCGCACGCGGCCUCGCAUUGACAUGUCUGGCAUGUCAAUUUUUGAGAAGCUCGAAUACGCCUAUCCUUACGAUGUUGCGACCAAGUUUCCAGCUUACAUCUGGCAAACGUGGAAGCAAAGCCCUGAUCAAGGUGAUUUUCAGUUCAAGGACCACCAUGCGUCUUGGAGGGAGGAGCACCCUGGCUUUGUCCACGAAGUCAUUACCGACGACGUUGCCGUUAACCUUAUUCGCUUACUCUACGCCACGGUUCCCGAAGUCGUUGAGGCGUACCGAAGCCUCCCCAUGCCUGUUCUGAAGGCCGACUUCUUCCGUUAUCUGAUUCUCUUCGCUCGAGGCGGCAUCUAUUCUGAUAUCGAUACAUAUGCAAUUCAAAGCUCGGUGAAAUGGUUGCCUGAACAGAUUCCUCGCGAUACUAUUGGUCUCGUCAUUGGCAUUGAGGCAGACCCUGAUCGCCCCGACUGGGCUCAGUGGUACAGUCGUCGUAUCCAGUUCUGUCAGUGGACGAUACAGGCCAAACCUGGCCACCCUGUUCUUCGCGAUAUCAUCACGCGCAUUACCAAGAAGACAUUAGAAUUGAAGAAUCAAGGCAAGCUGGAAAAGUUCAUCGACAGAAACGUUGUUGAGUUCACUGGCCCUGCCGUGUGGACAGAUGCUAUCAUGGAAUACUUCAAUGAUCCAAGGUUCUUUGACAUGUCACAAAGCAAGGGCACGAUCGAUUACAAGAACUUUACUGGCAUGGAGACGAGUAAGCGAGUGGGAGAUGUGGUUGUGUUGCCCAUCACAAGCUUCUCACCUGGAGUGGGACAGAUGGGUGCAAAGGAGCCCGACGACCCAAUGGCUUUCGUCAAGCACGACUUUGAAGGAACGUGGAAACCUGAGAGCGAGCGCCACAUGGGCGAGCAGCAACAACAAGAGGGACAGCAGGCGGCUCAGGCACCCCAAGCACCCUUGCAAUAACAUUAUAAUCCGAAGCAGAACCACAACCAUAACCACGAUACCUAAUGUUUAGCAACGACUAUGAAGAUUUACUUCUCGAGCCUGUACAUUUCAGCUGCUACUCUUUACUCUUUUCUAAUGACACCCUCGUGUCCGUUUCUGGGCUGGUUUCCGCAUUAGCUGUUGUUCGAGCCAGAGGUCCGUCAAACUCUGGCAGUUGCAUUGCGAUGGAAGAUAUAAAAAGUUUGAGGGGAACGGUACUAGACUCUAUUUUGUGUAUGAAAGAUAUCGCUAGGAAAGUCAUUUUCUGUGCUUUGGGAUAGAUCUGUUUCUUGAUCUUGUUUUUACCGCAUCGUCGCCCACUUGUAGGCAACCAUAUGUCUCGUGGACACUGAAGGAGAAAGGAGUUUCUCAGGAUUGUCGAUUGAAGGAUGAAGCGAACAAGCAUAUACCACGAAACUUCAUACAAAGGUUGAAGAGCCAGAUUUGUUCAAAGC